AUGGCAUCUCUAGCAGUGUCUGUCAACCAGUUUGCCCUGGAGUUUAGCAAGAAGCUAGCUGAGUCUGCUGAGGGUAGAAACAUCUUCUUUUCGCCUUGGGGCAUCUCUACUUCCUUGGCUAUGGUGUAUUUGGGUACCAAAGGGACCACUGCAGACCAGAUGUCCCAGGUACUUCAAUUUGGCAGAGGCCGAGAAUUCAAAUCUGGUCCUGAUAGUGAAAAGAAAAGAAAAAUGGAAUUUAACUCAUACAGUGUUGAAGAAAUACGCUCUGAUUUCCAGACCCUUGCUGCAGAAAUCCUCAAGCCUGGUAAUUCCUACACACUCAAAACAGCUAAUAGGAUAUAUGGGGAGAAAACGUAUCCAUUUCAUAAUAACUAUUUGGAGGACAUGAAAAUGUACUUUGGUGCAGAACCUCAGUCUGUUAACUUUGCGGAAGCUUCUGGCCAGACCAGGACAGAGAUCAACUCUUGGGUGGGAAGCCAGACUGGUGGUAAAAUUUCAAAUCUCCUCCCAGAUGAUUCUGUAGACCACAUGACUAAGAUGGUUCUGGUGAAUGCCCUUUACUUUAAAGGAACCUGGGAGCACCAGUUCUCAGUGCAAAACACCACUGAAAGGCCUUUCAGAAUAAACAAGACCACAAGCAAACCAGUACAAAUGAUGUCAAUGAAAAAGGAUCUUCAAGUCUUCCACAUUGAGGAGCUGCAAACCAUUGGCCUUCAACUCUACUAUCAGAACCAUGACCUCAGCUUGCUUCUGCUGCUGCCAGAAGACAUCAAUGGUCUAGAACAGCUGGAAAAAGCCAUCACUUAUGAGAAACUGAAGGAGUGGACAAGUGCAAACAUGAUGGACACAUACGAAGUACAGCUGUACCUCCCCAAGUUCAAGAUGCAGGAGAGUUAUGACCUCAAGUCAGCCCUGCACAGUAUGGGGAUGACUGAUGCUUUCAGCCAGAGCAAAGCUGAUUUCUCAAACAUGUCUUCUGGGAGAAACCUAUUUUUGUCUAAUGUUUUCCACAAGACUUUCUUGGAAAUAAAUGAAGAAGGCACAGAGGCUACCACUGGCACUGGAAGUGAAGUCACCCGUCGAAUUAAGGUACCUUCCAUUGAAUUCAGUGCAGAUCACCCGUUCCUGUUUUUCAUCAGGCACAACAAAACCAGUAUCAUCCUCUUUUAUGGAAGAUUCUGCUCCCCCUAA